CUGGUGAGAAAUGAAGUACCUUUUGCUAUCGUUGCACUUCUUGUUCUGGGUGAGACCCUACGAAGCGAAGGUACUAGUCGCAAAAGACACUAGAGAGCCGUCCGUCCACAAGCGACCAUCUCUGGACACCUACAACGAGCAAAGGCGACAUGUCAUCGAAACACAAGAGCAGCGCUUUUUGGGCGCUAGCUUGACUCUGACCAACGAAGAGAAGAUUGUGAAUGGCCACAUCAUGAAGCUGAAGAGACUCGAACUGGAGGAAGGAUUUAAGGAUAGCUUUGAUUUCAUUCCGGCGCGACAUUUCUUCGAAACGCUGGAUCAACUGAACAGUUCAAAGCUUUUUCAAUUGAUUCGACGAAUUCCGAAGGGAGCGGUGCUGCAUACUCACGACACUGCAAUGGGAAGCACACAUUUGCUGAUUAAUGCUACGUACAGACCUUAUCUGUGGCAAAAGGGUAGAUUCAAGCGGAAUACGACUUUUAUAUUCUCAAAAACUAAGCCCGUCGGAAAGGGUUGGGAACUUGUGUCUAAUAUUCGCAAUGAAAUGAAAGCUGAGAUUUACGAUGAAAAGUUGAGAGAGUUGUUGGAAAUAUACACCAAGGAUCCAAUCAAUACCUAUAGAAGCAUCAAUGUAGUGUGGGAUAAAUUUAAACAGAUAUUCGACACCCUAGCGCCAAUUCUUACUUAUGAACCAGUAUGGAGACAGUAUUACUAUGAUUCCCUGAAUGAAUAUUAUAACGACCAGGUGAACUACUUGGAACUACGAGGAGUUCUGCCAGAGGUCUAUGACCUCAGCGGGAGGAUUUACACGCCAGAGGAAGUUGUCCAAAUAUAUGUUGACGAGACAGAGAGAUUCAUGAAAAACUAUCCAAAUUUCCUUGGGGCUAAAUUCGUGUAUGCUCCCCUACGUUUCGCAGGUGACGAUGUUUUCCGUGGCGUUAUCAACACGUUGAAGAGUUUGCACGAGAAGUUUCCUAAGUUUGUGGCUGGAUUCGAUUUGGUAGGUCAGGAGGAUAAAAGAAUCCCACUGUUGGAGUUCGUUCCUGAGCUUCUGAAGUUACCAGAGUCUAUUCAAUUUUUCUUCCACGCCGGAGAGACAAACUGGUUCGGAAUGGAACCCGAUUCAAAUAUGAUCGAUGCAAUCCUUCUAGGGACCAAACGAAUCGGCCAUGGUUUCGCAUUAACCAAGCAUCCCCUUCUGCUGGAGAAAAUUAAACAGAAACAGAUAUGCGUUGAAGUUAACCCCAUAUCGAACCAAGUGCUCAAACUAGUGGAAGACUACAGAAAUCAUCCGGCUGCGCUACUCUUCGCCGAUGACUAUCCCGUGGUUGUGUCCUCCGACGAUCGAUGCUUCUGGCGAGCAACUCCACUGAGUCAUGAUUUUUAUAUGGCGUUCCUAGGAAUUGCUUCCGCUCAGCACGAUCUGCGAUUGCUGAAGCAGCUGGCGAUCAAUUCAAUUCAGUUCAGCGCUAUGGACGGGGUCGACAAGGAUAGAGCCAUGCAUAAAUGGGAAGGUGUGUGGAAUUCGACGAUGAGCACACUCGCCUCCGACAUAUUGAGUGGAAAACUAGCCUAGAUAAAUAGUGUCUUAUGCAGGAAUAAUUAUUGUUUGUCUCUUUUUUGCUAUUUUAGUUUAUUGAGAAAUUACUCGAAAUUGUUCAUGACAAUAUUCGAUCAUGACCCAACUAUUCUACUGAUCCUAUUGUAGGGCGGUGCUUGAAAUUCGUUAAACAA